UUCUUGGUACUCACUCCAUUUGCUGUUGGAAAGCGGAAUUAGACGAGCAUGCGCAGUGCUGUGCCUCCUCAGAGUAGAAACACCCCGUGGACUUCCCCUUUCUAGCAACUUCCCUGGAAUAUCUACGUCACUUUUUUGCAGUUACCGCUGAUUUUGUGAAUAUCUGACACCAAACGGGGGCAUACAAGUACAAAUUGCGAGUAUGGCGGAGAGUGGGGAGACCCCGGGACCUUCCUCUGAUCCCAAAAUCAUCAAAGUGACAGUGAAAACUCCAAAAGAAAAAGAGGAGUUUGCCGUGCCUGAAAACAGCACCAUCAAGCAGUUCAAAGAAGAAAUUUCCAAGCGCUUCAAGACACAGAUUGAUCAGCUUGUGUUGAUAUUUGCUGGUAAAAUCUUGAAAGACCAAGACUCUCUUACUCAGCAUGCAAUCCAUGAUGGGAUGACUGUUCAUCUGGUCAUAAAAACACAAACGAGGUCACAGGACCAUGCUGCUCAGUCGUCCAGCAGCUCAACUAGCAGUAGUGCGGCUGCCUCCACAGAGUCCCGCAGCACAUCUACAUCCAGCAUGCCAGCGUCCAGCAGCCCCCUAGGUCUGGGUGGCCUUGGAGGGCUGGCAAGUCUAAGCGGCCUUGGAAUGAACUUGUCAAACUUCUCAGAGUUACAGACCCAGAUGCAGCAGCAGCUUAUGUCGAAUCCUGAAAUGAUGGCUCAGAUAAUGGAAAACCCCUUUGUACAAAGCAUGCUGUCCAAUCCGGAUCUGAUGAGGCAGUUAAUUAUGGCAAACCCCCAGAUGCAGCAAUUGAUUCAGCGAAAUCCCGAGAUUAGUCACAUGCUCAAUAAUCCAGAUAUAAUGAGACAAACAUUGGAACUUGCCAGAAACCCAGCUAUGAUGCAAGAGAUGAUGAGAAAUCAGGACAGAGCUCUGAGCAACCUUGAAAGUAUUCCAGGAGGCUACAAUGCAUUAAGGCGGAUGUAUACUGAUAUUCAAGAGCCAAUGUUAAAUGCUGCUCAAGAACAGUUUGGCGGCAAUCCCUUUGCUUCUUUGGUAAACAAUCUAGCUGCUGGUGGCAGUCAGCCAUCGCGUACAGAGAAUAGAGACCCAUUACCAAACCCCUGGGCACCUCCUGCAGCAAGCUCGCAGACCUCCUCCUCCGCCUCCACUACCACUGCUGCCCCCAGCCCAGGCCUGGGAGCAGGGAUGUUUAACACACCUGGAAUGCAGAGCCUUUUGCAGCAGAUAACAGAAAACCCACAGCUAAUGCAAAACAUGUUGUCUGCCCCAUACAUGAGAAGCAUGAUGAAUUCACUUAGCCACAACCCAGAUCUAGCUGCACAGAUGAUGUUGAACAACCCUCUUUUUAGUGGAAAUCCUCAGUUACAAGAACAGAUGAGACAGCAACUACCAGUCUCCCUUCAGCAGAUGCAAAAUCCAGAAACCUUGUCAGCCAUGUCGAAUCCCAGAGCAAUGCAAGCACUAUUACAAAUUCAGCAGGGCUUGCAGACAUUGGCAGCAGAAGCACCUGGCUUCAUACCAGGUUUUGGGCAAGGUAAUGUGGGAGGUGUUGGAGGCACAGGGAGUACCCCUUCCAUAGGGUCUGAUACCAGUUCUCAGGGAAGUGGAGAGACAGGGCAGCAGCAAUUUGUACAGCAAAUGUUACAAGCACUUGCCAGUCCAAAUCCACAGAUGCAGAGCCCUGAAGUGAGAUUUCAGCAGCAACUAGAACAGCUCAGUGCAAUGGGAUUUCUUAACCGUGAAGCCAAUCUGCAAGCUCUAAUAGCAACAGGAGGCGAUGUCAACGCAGCCAUUGAGAGGCUACUGGGCUCCCAACCAUCAUAGCAUUAUUUGUGAAAGCUCCUAAUAAAAAAUGUAAUUUUAUUUUUUUAUAUAAUCGUUCACAUUUUUGCUUUUUCAUUUUGAGACUUGGAUUUGGAAAUGUGAAGUGUCGUAAUAUGAGCAGUGGGAAUCCAUGCUUUCAAACUGUUACAUGCAUCCAAAACAAAAAAUGAAGAAUAUCUUAAACACAUUAAUUGUGUAAUUCAUGCUCUGCUUUUACAGUUGUUAUCCGCUGACAUUUGAUCUAAAACAGCCCUGUUCAUGUGUGCUUUUUUAAAUAGUCUGCAGUAGUAAUUUAUAUUCAGUACAAAGUAUACAAAAAAGCAAAACUAAAAUUGUUCAGCUGUGCAAUUUGUGUAGUAAUUUUAUAUUUAGUACAAAGUAUACAAAAAAAGCAAAACUAAAAUUGUUCAGCUCUGCAAUUUGUGGUAUAUUGCUUGUUAUUUUUGCUACGAUAGCCUUAAACCUUAAUUGUCAUAAAUAUUUGCCUGAUAAAUGUCUAGAACAGUGUUUCUGGAAAAAAAUAAUAAUAAAAUUCACCAAUCCAAAUAAAAACCACAUCAACUGUUGACUUGUAAAUGUUUAAUUUUCCCAAACGAUAUAUCAGCUAUCUUUGAAGUGGCAAAGUAUUUUGAAAAAUCUUGUUAGAAAUACACCUGUACAGAAAAUUGAAAUAGUUAUUGUCCUAUAAAAUAUACAGUAAUUGAUUAUCCUUGAUUGUAAAUGGUAAAUCCUUUUGUAACAUCAAAGAGCACUGUAUGCCCAAAUUGUGUGUGUGUGUGUGCUUUCAAUGCUUAGUGCUGCUUGGCUCCUGCCAGUAUAUUCAUGAAAUGCAUUGGGAUUUGUAAUGGAAGAUGUUCAAAACAAGUGUCACUUCUGAUAUUAAUCACAUUGCUUUUAACUGACUUGUAAAAAAUAUACGGUAUAGCUUUUGUUUUUGUCAAUAGUUCAUUUCUCUUGUGCACAGAUAAUUAAACAAAAAAUCAAUUAAG